AUGACAUGCCCAAGGGAAGGUUAUCCUGCAAAUGGACAACAGAUCAACAACAUAGCUACAUCAAUCUGGAAACUUGUCAUUUAAGUAGUUUUGUGUGUGCUGUGAGUUCAUAAGAGAUUUUUUGACUUUAUGAAAAUUAUUAAAGAAUGGCCGAUGUUUACAUGAUAAGAUCUAACGAAGAAGACCCUAGUGGAAAUAAGUAUUCUAGAAUGGACGACGACAAUAUGCAAGAUAAGGAACGGUUCGCGAGCCGGGAGAAUCACUGCGAAAUCGAGCGCCGCAGAAGAAAUAAAAUGACAGCUUACAUAACAGAACUUUCUGAUAUGGUGCCGACAUGCAGUGCCCUUGCGAGAAAACCUGAUAAGCUGACAAUUCUUCGAAUGGCAGUCGCCCACAUGAAAGCUCUAAGAGGUACAGGAAAUACCAGUUCUGACGGAACUUAUAAACCCUCCUUCCUUACAGAUCAAGAACUAAAACAUCUUAUUUUAGAGGCUGCAGAUGGCUUUUUGUUUGUGGUUUCUUGUGAUACUGGUCGCAUUAUAUACGUCUCUGACUCGGUUACUCCAGUCCUUAAUCAUUCUCAGAGUGAUUGGUACGGUUCCAAUAUUUUUGAACAUCUUCAUCCGGAAGAUAUCGGCAAAGUUAGGGAACAGCUAUCUACUCAAGAGCCACAGAACUCAGGUCGGAUAUUAGAUCUGAAAACAGGAACUGUUAAGAAAGAAGGGCAUCAGUCUUCAUUGCGUUUGUGCAUGGGAUCAAGAAGAGGAUUCAUUUGUCGUCUCAAGAUCGGGAACGUAGGUCCUGAAAGUCUAGCUGCUGGCCAUCUCAAUCGUUUGAAGCAGAGAAAUUCUCUUGGUCCCUCUAGAGACGGCAAUAACUAUGCCGUUGUUCACUGUACUGGUUAUAUCAAAAACUGGCCGCCGACUAGUCACUUUGAAGCUCAUCCCCUGUCAGCUGUUCAAAUGGAGAGAGGCAUGGAAGAAGAUUCUUCUCAUUGUUGCCUUGUCGCAAUCGGAAGACUGCAAGUUACUUCUACUCCAAAUACAAGUGACCUUAGUGGAUCCAGUAGUAAUGCUGAAUUUAUCUCCCGUCAUGCUGUAGAGGGUAAGUUUACUUUUGUCGAUCAGAGAGUAAUGGCUAUUUUGGGAUAUACGCCCCCUGAACUGUUAGGAAAAUCGUGUUUCGAUUUCAUACAUACUGAAGAUCAGACACACAUGAAAGAAUCGUUUGAACAGGUUGUAAAAUUAAAAGGACAAGUGAUGUCAGUAAUGUUUCGAUUCCAAAUGAAGAACAGAGAAUGGAUCUGGCUUCGUACAGCAGCGUUUGCUUUCCUUAAUCCUUAUACUGACGAGGUUGAGUACAUAGUAUGUACCAAUACUCCUGCCAAGUCUCAAAGUACAGCUGAACCAGAAGCUACUGAAGCAAUUAAUUACCAACCGGUUGUUGAUCAUAAUAUGCAGAGGUAUCCUCAUAUACCUCAGCAUAUGCAUACUGGAGACACGAGAACUGGACAGGUUUAUGGUUAUGAAACAAACCAGUCCCCUAUUAGUUAUGUUUCUCCUGGACAACAAGGCAUACCUAGAAUGACGAAAUCUGCUAGUCCGUCUGCAGCCCAGUCUGCUUGGACCCUCUGUCAGCCAGGCACUGAAGGUUAUCAAUACAGCGAGGUUAGCCCCUCUCGAUCUCCAUCAGGAUCCACAUAUACCCAGCUAGGCGGAAGAGCAGCCGCUCAGGCCCCUUACCACAAUGCUCAGAACAACACUGCGCUGUGGGGAGCUUGGCAAGGUCAGUCUCAGAUGGAAGAUCAGAGUUCCAAUUCCGGUAGCCACAAUAUAAGCAACAACAAUCCUACGAGUCAACCUCACGAGCUGUCUGAUAUGAUGAUGCAUAUUCUCGACCAAGGGGGAGCAACAACGUUCGGGGAUCUUAAUAUGUUUAAUGAGUAACAAAUUAAUCUCUUGUUGUAUAUAUAUAUAUCUAAAAUGUUUUUUAAAACUUAUUAGUUCAUGUUGAAUUUUUUGUGGUAGUAAAAAAUAUUUGGUUUAUUUUGUAAUCAUCAAUUGUUAUUAAGUUUUAAAUAUCAAAGGGUAAAUUAAAUAUUUUUAUUUAGUUUGGGCAUUAUAUUAUUUAUAAAUGUAUUCGAACAAAAUGU